AUGAAAAAAGGACAAUACUCUGCUCUAGACUUGUUUUUGUCGACUUCAGUGUUGGCCUAUUUGCUGUGGCCCAACACGACGAACCCCGGAUAUUAUGAUAACAUCGAGUAUAUUGCAUCGCGUAAACGAUUUGAACCCAUAUUAGUACUUACUGAAAUAAUAUUUUCUUGAACAUACCUAUAUAUACAAUAUAUGUUAUAUGUGCCUAUAUAAUACGGUUCUCGGAAUUUAAUUACUGUCGAUAAAAAAUAAGGUUAACUUGAAUAAAAAAUGUAUAAUAGUAAAAGAAAAAAAGAAAAAUAGGUCAAAUAACUCUCCAUAUUUUUACGCUAUAAAAUAAUAUAAUACUCGCAUUAGACGAAUAUUAUUAUUGUGAUCGCACCGCGUGAGACUGCAUGCGAUUGCGGUGGGCCUCUUCUUCGGAACGGUUUUAAUCUAAUGUAUCAUUUUCACAAAGUUUCUACAAGUAUAAUUUUUUAAUAUAAUAUUAUUAUUACAGCUGACCUUUAAACCUUUAUAGUUAACCGAUUAUUCCGAAUUCCGCGAGCACGGCGGCGACAGGGCGGCGUCAGCGAUUUAAAAACUUUUAGAUUGAAGGGAUCAGCAUAAAAGGCUCAACUGACAUUAUUGUUAUUUAUUUAUUUAUUUAUUUUUUUUAAAUCUUUAUAUGAUUCCAUGAAUCGAUUUGUUUUGGCGUAUUGUGUAUGUAAUUAUUUACAGUGACAUAAACGUACAUAAAAUAACCCAAAAGCAACCUAUAAUCUACACGCAUUACGCAGUAAUAGGUUUACCAAAUGUUUCCCAAUGUUACCAAUAUAUAUCUUAAUAUUUUUAACGGUUUUCGCUAAAAUCAUAGAAAAUGAAUAAUAAUAUUUGAUUAUUUUCAUAUUGAGCACCCAUCCGCCUCUAAAUAACAAAGAAAUCGAAAAGUAACCGCUUUUCAAAGACCACUGGAUGCAGUAAAGACAUAUUACACAUACAUAUAUACAUAUAUAGACGUGCGAAGCCUCUUUUUUGGGGCAUACAAAAGGCUGCUAUUAGCGGCCAUGAAAGUUUUUUAAAAAUAUCUGAAAAAAAAAUAUACACAAAUAUUGAAAUGUCUUACCAACUGUUGAAUUAAAAAUGUAAUUUUUACUAAAAAUUCAAAUUGAAUUACAACACAAAAAGUACAUAUUUUGCAAAUAUUUAAUUCAACUCAUAAUAUAAUAUUUGUGGACCCCACGGAUGCAGCCCCUUAAUCCAAGCCUGGUGUUCAGAGUAUGCAGCUGCAUAUCCUGCAUACCCACGUGCACGCAUAUGCAUGUAUAUGGAGAUAUUCAAUUGAUAUAAGGAUGUUAUAUGAAAUAAUUUUUAGUUUUAACUCGCACCUUUUUAUCUAUUGAACACUUUGGAUAUAUCUGAGAACACUUAAAACACUGAGUAUUCAAAAUGAGACUAAAAAUUAUAUAAAUACCUACUCACAUAUUCGUAUCAAAAUUACCUGAACAUUUCCGAAAAAAAUGGUUUCCUCUCAGAAUCGUGGAACAAAAAUAUGAAAUAUUUGGAAAAUUUAAAAAUAAUACUUUUGUGAACCGAUUUUUUCGACAAUUUUUGUAUCUUUACUAUAUGGUUUUACAAUUUUGAUAAUAAUUUCCCUGUGAUUUGUUCAGAAAAUCAUAGCCACCCCCCCACCCAAUUUUUUGUAAUAACAUUUUUCUGAAAAUGUUGAUUCGUAUAUUAGUAAUGAUACAUACACGUAACGAUUUACGAGCAAUCAAAAAAAAAAACAACAGCAGUAACUAAUACAUAUAACCGAUAACGCGAAGAAUUACAUGUUUUUUCGUUUACAAUAAUAAUGAUGAUCAUAAUAUAAUAGGUAAAUCUAUACCUAUGCUAUUUGCCACGGUCUACACGAAACUGAAAAAAAAAAACCAUAUCAAAUAAACCACUGCUGUGCACAGUUAUACAUGUCACGUAAUAAUAUUAUUAUUGCUCAAUGUAUAAAUCUAUGCAGCACACAAAUAAUUUAUGUACAUAAACCGAAAGAAGCAAUAUCGAUAAAAGAUUUCGUUAUACAGUGUGCUUAUUUCAUCCACAAAUUAGCAAUUAUCUAAGAUAACUACUUACUUUCGACUAAAAUCCGAUUUAUUCGGUAGUUAUUAAUUUUCAAACAUCAUCGACCCACACAUUAUUUUUCAUUUUUAUUUAUUCUCUUCGAAUAAAAUUGUAAUUACUAUACAGUAGUCUUGUAAAAAGAUACAAACACGGUAUUGUAAAAAUAAGUAAAUACUUUCCAAAUACAUUUAAGAAAAAAUACGGACAUUCUUGUUGAAGUUGGGAAGGUAAAAUAUAGACGGGAAUUUAAUGUCUAUCUGUAAGCAACAAUAAACCAUUGCUAACGAAAAUCUGAUUCUGAGCGAAGUUCCGUUGAUGGUGUUGCUUUGUCAACAAUUUAUGUAUGUCAUAUUAUGGUAAAAUGAUUAUAAUAAUGUGCGUUUCUAUGACAACAAUGUUUAAAAAAGAUUUAUAAAACAAUAAAAACUUAAUAACUACAAUAAAUAAAUAAAUAAAUAAAAACCGUUGCCAAUGACAACCGUUUUUUAAUCUUUUAAUAUUUUUUUAACUUAAAAAACCAUGUUUUUUUUUUCAUUAUCUCGAAUAUUAAUGAGAAUUUUAAUAAAUGAUCUCUUUAAAGUGCCACCCAAAGAACAUUUCAUUUCAAAAAAAGUUUAUGUUUAUGUUUUACAUUAUGUUUAAUAAUCAGAGUGAGAUUUUUAGUAGAAAAAGUAUUCAUAUAAAAAAAAAUUAGUAAACAUCAUUAUUUUAAAACCAAUACAUUCCUCGCUCCACUAAGAAUCUAAAAAGAAUAACUUACAAAUACAAAGGCUUCUAGAAUAUAUUUAAAUACAUAAAAGCCAACAAUUUUUUUAAAAAAAUGCAAUAGGUAUGUGUAUUGUGCAUACAUAUAUGUAUACAUAUGUAUAGUAUAUACCAAUGUCAUUUUCAAACGCUUUAUUUUUGAAUACCUAGGUACCCAUAGGCGUGCGCACGCCUAUGUAGGUAAUAAUAAUACUUUAUUGUUUUUACUACUUGCAUUACUCAUUCACAUAUUUCAUUUAUCUUUAAACAUUUUAUGAAAUAUACUGUAAUUUGAUAAUUUGAUAUUUUGUGACUUAUGUGAUCUAAUGACGAUUGUAUUUUAAGUUUUUGUAGUUAGUACUAUAAUACUACAGACUGCGUAGCAUACAAUUUUCAAUAAAUAAAUAUUAUCAUUAACAAAUGUAAAACAGUCUAUUUUAAUAUUGUACUAUCAUUUUUUAUUAUUAUUACUCAAAUAAUAAUUUUUUAUCCAUAUAGUUUUUUUUGUUUAUUUUUUCAUUCAUGUUACCAAGCCCAUCCUAUUUUAACCCAAUAAUAGACCGGCAGAUAGUCAGAUGGACUGUUUAUUUUAAAUUUUUACAGUUGUUAGAACAUAUUUACUUCUGUUUAUUAGAUAUUCGGAGCGUAUUGGUUAUACUACGAUGUAUUGAUGUGUAAUUUUUUUUCUGUUUAAAAAACUUUUCGAAAAGAAAUCUUGCUCCGUUGAGUAGAGUGUAGCAAUUUUUCUACAUGUUUUGAUUUUUCAAGAGGUUGUAAAAAUAAUUUGGAAAGAAAAUUUUAGGUUAGGUUGUUUUUGUUUUUAAUUUUUGUUCACUAUAUUUUCUACCAUACAUUUUGCGCCAGUAGAAAAAUAAACAAAAGAUCUUUUUUGUUGAAUAGAAAUAUUGAUUUUAUUCAUUAAAUUAUUUCUAGUUGGUAACUAAGAGAUUAGUUUAAUAAUUGAACAAAACUGAAAAAUAUGUAGAAAGUAUCAUGUGGUUCCAUUCAAAAGGAGGUUAUGGUACCUAGAAAUUAAUCUAGACUCCCACCUCACCUUCAGCGGCUAUCUCCAUACAGUGUCCGGCAAGGUAUUCCAAACCUAUUGGACCUAUUGGUUAUUGGAUGUCUUAUAGCUAACCUUGGAGAAUCUACCCAGUCCAAGAGGGUUUUUCUGAUGUCCGUGGUCAGUAGCUUAGUUUAUGUAUGCCAUUUCCACGUGGGCCGACAAAGCAACCAAGUACGUGAUCUGUCGCAAUUCCAUGCUACAUCAACAGCCGUUGUCAUCACUAAUGCUUCGAAGAUAGAUGAUCCGGACAGGUCAGAGUCGACUAUGUUGAUCCGAAGAAUUGAGCAUGACAUCGUGAUUGCUGCUUAG